AUGACCCUCGCCGCGGCCAGCACACUCGCGCCGCUCCUGCCCCGCCUGUGCGUGCUGCACCGCCACACCCCGCAGCCGUGGGACAGCCCCCUCCUCAAAGCCGCCGUGUACGUCGACCACGUCGACCUCGCGCGCCCUGCCAUCGCGGGAUGUCUGCCGCUCGGCGACGUCCCGAGCGACCUGGACGCCCUCGUCCUCCGCUUUGCGUUUCAUACCGGGCGAUACCCCCCGCACGCUGAGCAUCCCCCGUUCCCGGGCGGCGGCGCGCCACAGCCCCUCCCCGUACUUGAGGACAUGGACCCGCCGCAUAUCCCAGCGAUAACGGUCGUGGCCGAUCCACAAGGACCUAGGUGGGCGAGCAGCGCCGCGUGGACGGGUACUAUCGUCCGCCGGCUGGCCCGAGCUCAUCCCCAUAGCUUGACGCUCGUGGCGUUCAAUGAGCUCGCCGUCGGUGUACCGAGUGUUGAUGACGAGCUGGAGGGUUAUGGCGCUGGGAUGGCGGCUUCGACGCGGGCUGCAGUCAUCGAGGAUGCGCAGUGGGGACUGAGCCGAGCACGGGUGGCUGUGAAGCAUCUCACAGUCCUUAGCCGGGCUGAGUGGGAGCACCUGCUGCCGAAGGAGUAG